GCCUCCACCGUGAACUCUCACUCUAGCUUUUCCUGCUCAGGCCCGAGGAACAGAAGCUGGAUGAUCCAAAGCUGCAUCAACAGCUGAGCUUUUCAUGAGCACCUGGUCAGCUCACCUCCAAUGAUUUCAAGCCUGCAGUUGGAUUUUGACUAGGAGACCAUGGCUAAUGAAAAAGCCACAGCUGCCUGGCAGGAUUCAUGAGCUUGGAGAAACAAGAAAGCUCUUAAAAAGAACUCCAAUGGCUGGAUCAACUCCCUCUGGUCACCAGGGUCUCCCACGAGAACCUCCAACAGCCACCCUGUCUAGCCUGCAAACCAAGCAGAGGGCAGAUAAGGCUGCCCACGUGUUUAAAUAACUGCCUUUGUAGCUGCCAGUGGCUGAAAGAGAGCAUUUCUAUGCAGGGGUCAUCAAGACAAAAAUCAGGAUCCUGGAGAUAAUUGGUUUAACAUCCCCCUGAUGAGAAACAGUGAUUGAAAUAGUAACGAGGCUUCCAGCAGCACAGCCCAGAAACUGUCCUACUUCCCCAGCUUCAGCGGACUGACUGCCGGCUGGAACACGGAAAGUAUCUAUCUUUCUCUCCGAUCUCUCCAUGUCCUAUUAUUUAUCUUUAUGUCUAUAUGUCUGUCUGUCCACCCUUCCUUCUCUGAUCAGACCUCUCAGUCUGACAGCCUAGCUUCCCAACCACCUACCAUACUUUGUCUGUCUGCUAUUAGAUCUUAGUAUGCUCGCUCUUUUCUCCUUUCCCAGGCUACAAGAGAAAUAGCUUUAUGGGUGGUUGCACAUAUACUGCAUGCUCCUAAAACAUAAUUUUGUGAGUCCAAAAUUAAACCUUUAUUUUUUUGAUUCACGCUAACUUAAAUAGCAUUGAUGCAACAUAACCUUUUUCUUAAUGUAAUGCUGGAGUGAUGUUGCAGUUAUGAUGGUUCAGGAAAUAUGUGAGGGGCAAAAAUGUUUGUGGGUGAUACUUUUUAUUGGAUCAGCUGCAUGGUUCAGAUAGACAAGUUUUCAGCCACUCACUAAAACUCUUCCUCAGAGACAAAGACUGAAUUAAUAAAUCUCCUUAGUAUACUUUUGGUUGGAACUAAUGAGUCGAUAAAUAAUGAGAAUGACCUUGUUUGAUAGAGGGGUGAGUGCUUUCCAUCCCUGCUCAGAGUUGUCUGUAUGACACAGACUUGUAACGUUUCAUAUUUCCUACAGUUAUUUAUUAUUGUUGGCUUGAAAUUAAUAGAGCUAGUUGAAAUAUUUCAAACAAAAUAAGUCUUUUUGUGCAUCAAAAUUAUUUCUUAAAUGACAUUUUUCAUGCAAGACUUCCGAUACUCUUUGCUUUUAACUAGAAAAGAAGUUAUCUUUUUAUCAAAACCUUUUUCUCCCAGAGAGUGUUUCAAGAACUGUACUGAUAAAUCUCAAUAAGCAUUUGAAAAUGAGAUGAAAAUGUAAAAAAGAUCCAUUUUUGAACUUUCCAAAUUUUAUAGAAUUUCAUUUUUUCUUCCUUUUUAUGAGCUGUGGAAGGCUGUGGCGCACUAAUUUCAUUACUAGUUGAGAAAUAUCUAUCUGAACUGCUCUUUAUUGGAAAAUUAAGUCUACAAGAAAAUCUAAUUUUCUUUCCAAAAAGAGGUGGGUUUUUUUAAUGUAAAAAACAAAACAUCAAAAACCAAAUUCUCAAAACAAUGAAAUACCAUGGACAAUGUUGUUCUUUAACAUGUUGAUAUUUGAAUUUUUGCCAAAGAAAUGACAUUUCUCAUGAAAAAAAGAUGUUUUUUUUCCUAAUCAGUUCUAUAAUGGAGGCUGCUCCAAAUUCUGGUAGGUGAGAAGUGCUCCUAAUUACAAUUAGAUGUCAGAGUGUCUCACACAAAGAUAUCAUAUGACUUCUCCUGGGUUCUUGUUUUCCACCUGCAGGUACCAUCUGUAUUAAGAAGCAAAAUGGACACAGCCAGUAGAGUUGUGACAUCUGUCCAUCCUGGAAAAGCCAGCCCGCCUGGUGGUGUGAGCACAACUAUGAGCACUGGGGAUGGUGGUAUAGCUGAUGGGAUCACUAUUCUUGGGACUGCCAGUAGCCCCUGGGAGACUGGUACCUAUGGAGACAGGGAUGCAGCCAUUCAUGGAGAGAAGGACAUGGCUGCCACUGCUGCUUAUGAAGAUGGCACUGUCACCCCUGGAGAUGGAGGCACAACACCCACUAUCAUAGGGACAGAAGUAAACACCAUCCUUAGAGACAGAGAUGCCACCAUCAGUCUUAGAGGGGUAGAUGCCAUUUUCACCCCCAGGGAUGGAGAUACUACCAUCAGGCGUAGAAACAUCACCCCCAACUCUAGAGACACUGACACUGCCUCCAGCCCUGGAGGGGCUACUGCCCCUAGAAAUCCUUCCAUGACUGCCCAUGGUGAGGGCACAAUUGUUACCACUCCAGGAUAUAACAUCCUAGCUAUAGUCUCUGGAAAAGCCACCACCUCUGUCUCUGGGACAGCUUCUGUUCUUGGGGAGACAGUUAGCUCUGGAAAGUUCCCAGCCUUCAGCGAAACCAGAACUCAUACAUCAAUAGCCACCUAUAAUAAAGCCAACCUCUUUGGGGCCAGAAAUGUCCCCGAUGACCCUGGCACCUCCAGUGAGAACAAAUCUGUGGAACAAACUCAUGUUGCUGGGGACAGCGGCCCCUCUAGUGAGGCUCCCACUUCUGUUGCAGCCAGCGCUGCCCAUGUUGGGACCAUUACCUUUAGGGACAUAGAGACCCUUAAUCUGGAAAGGACCCUGCCAACCCAGGGAAGAACUUCAGGGAACAUCACUAUUCCCAAAGAGACCAUUUCCAGUCCUGAAGAUCCUGCUGCUGCCCUUGGAGACACUGCUACUACCCCUGAGGCCUUUACUGCCAACUCUAGAGACUUCACCUCCUCCACAGCCUCUGGAGAGGACAUUACCACUCAAGAAGACACCCUUACCACCACCUUGCCUCUUGGAGAGAGCACCAUCAACUCCAUUACCCUUGGCGAUAACAUCACUACCACCACCUUCAGCCCGGGUGAUCCCACUACACCUAGGGACAGUGCUGCCAUCACCUCUGGAGAUGUGUUCACUACUGAUAUCCUUGGAGAUGUCAGCACUGUUGCUGCUCCUGGAGACACUAUCACCUCUGUCACCACCAAUGCCCCUCCUGAGGAGGGGGAUGUAACUACUGCUUCCACAGACAGCUUUCCCAUUGCUGUCUCUAGUGUCACCCCUUCCCUCUCUGGAGAUGCCAUUGUCACAGACAGCAUUACAGCUGCCCCUGGAGACACCCUUGCCACUGCUGCCAACCCUGGAGAAACUGAGGCAACCACUGCCCUCACUAAAGAAGAAAACACUUUCACCACUGUUCCUGGAGAUGCUAUUGUCACUAUCACCAUCACUGCUGCCCCUGAAGAAGAAGAAGAAGAUGAUGAUGAUAACAUCACUGUUGCCACUGGAAAAAAUGAAGAUGACACCACUGCUACCCAUGUAGAUACCCCUGCUGUUCCUGGAGAGGAUGAUGCUGCUGCAACUUCAUAUCAAGAUAAUGAUCUCAUCACUGCUGUCCCGCAAGAAAAUGACAUCAUUGCUACCUGCCAAGAUAAUGAUGUUAUCAUUGCCAGUGCUGGAGAAAGUGAUGACAUCUUCUCUGCUCCUACAGAAAAUGAGGUCAUUGCUUCCUCUGAAGGAGAAGAUGACACCAUCACAGCUGGCUAUAAGGGAUAUGGCACUAUCCCUGCUGCCCCUGGAGAGGUCAGCAUCCCUAUAACCAUCAUCGCUGCCCCUGGGGGUGAUGAUGGAGCCAAUGCCAUUACUGACACACCCGGAAAGGGCUAUGCCAUCACUGAUACCCCUGGAGAAGGAAACAAUGCCGUCACUGAUGCCCCUAGAGGAGGAGAUGAUGUCUUCACUGAUGCUCCCAGAGGAGGAGAUGGCAUUGUCACUACCACCCCUGGAGGAGGAGAUGACAUCAUCACCACUGCCCCUGGAGAUGGAAAUGAUAGUAUUCCCAUCAGCACCCUCCCUGAAGGAGACAAAGCCAAGACCCCCCACCAUGAAGAUGCCAUUGCCACUACUCCUAGAGAUGACAGAGCUGUCACUGUUGCCCUUGGAGAUGGAGUUGCUCAUGGAGAUGACAUCAUUCCUGAAAAAGAUGAUGCCAUCACUCCUACCCUUGUGGAUUCUGUUGUCACCAUCACCAUCACUGCGGCCCCUGAGGAGGUUACCCCUGACAUUGACACCUUCACCCUUGGGGAAGCUGACACUGCCAUCACCACUACCCCUGGGGAGGCUGAUACUGCCAUCACCACCGCCCCUGGGGAGGGUGACACUGACAACACCAUCACCACUGCCCCUGGGAAGGCAGAUAUUGCCAUCACCACCAGUGUUGGGGAGGCUGGCACUGACAAUACCAUCGCCACUGCCGCUGGGGAGGCUGAUAAAGACACCACUAUUGCCACCACCCAUGGGGAGGCUGACACGGACACCACCAUCCCUACCACCCUUUGGGAGGCUGAUACUGAGACUGCCAUCCCCAUGGCCCCUGUAGAGACUCUGGCCACCAUCAUCACUGCUUCUGAGGAUGCCAAGGGCACCAUCACCACCACCCCUGUUGAGGCUGAGGCCACCAUCACUACUGUUCCUGAGGAGGCUGACACUGACACCGCCAUCACCCUUCUUCCUGGGGACACCAAUGCUGUCAUCACCACCACCCCUGGAAGAGAUGAGGUUAUGACUGUCCCUUCUGAACAUGCCAUUGUCACUAUCACCAUCACCUCAGUCUUUGGGGAUGAGGAGGCUGCCUCUACCCUAAUUCCUGAGUGUGAGGAGGCUACCCUCACCCCCACUUCCAGGGGUGAUGGGGCCAUCACUGCCAUUCCUGGAGACCCCAUUGUCCAUAUCACCAUCACCAGUGCCCCGGAAGAAGACAAUGCCACUACUCUUAUUUCUGGAGAAGGCACCAGUGCCAUUGCCCAGGACGAUGAUACCAUCAUUGCUGCCCAUGGAUAUGACAUAAUUGCUGCCACCCCAGGGGAUGAUGACAUCACCAUUGCUGCUAAUUCUGGAAAGGAUGAUGUCUUUACUGCCCCCCUGGUAAACUACCCUGUCACAGCUGCUGCUGCCCAUGCACAUGUCACUGAUUCUGGUGCCAGCCCUGAAGGGGCCACCCACACCACUGCUGCCUCUGGAGACACUAACAUCAUCACCGCUGCCCCUGUGGAUGUUACUGUCACCAAAGCUACCCUUGGAGAUAUGAGUAACUUUGCCACAGCCUCCAGAGAUGCUAGCACCGAGCCUGUGGCCUUUGUGGAUAACACCAUCAUGACGACCCCAGGAAGUGACACCAUCGCUGCUGUGCUGGGAGGGUCUGACACAGAUGCCAUCACCACUGCUGCCUCUGGAGAAGAUAAUGCCAUCACCACUGCACCUGUGGGUUAUACUGCCGCCACCGCUGCUGCCUGUGAGGACACCAUGGGUAUCACCAUCCCUGGAGACACCACCACUGCUGUGACUGUCUCUGUAAAUGACACCAUUGUUGCUGCCACCAUUCCUGGAGAUGCUUCUAUUACCAGCACCCACCAUGGAGAUGAUGAGGCUCCUGGAGACAUUGUCUCUGUUACUGCUAUUCCAUCUGAAGAGGUCACUCCCUAUGCUGCCACCCACAGAGAUGCCAUCAUCAUCCCCAGAGAUGCCCCUGCCGUUGUCUCAGGAGAUGUUGCAGCCACUUCUGACACUCUUGAAGACAUCAGCAUCCCUGGAGAUCUGGUCAUGAAUGCCCCUGCAGGUGAUGGCACUAUCCUUGGAGGUGACAUCACCACUUCUGGAGAUGUUGAUGUCCCCAGAGAUGACAUCAUCACUGAUGGUGUCACUAGCAACACCCUUCGAGAUGAUGGCAUCACAGCUGAUGCCCCCAGAGAUGACACUGUACCUGCAGCAGCCUGGGAGCCCCAGACUCCCCUGCAAUCUUGCUCCUUUGUCUUCAUCGCCGUUGUCUGCAUCUUCAUUGCUGUGGUCCUGCUCACUGGGAUUUUUGCGGCCAUCCAUUAUGUGAAGGUCUUUAUCAUCAGCUCUGCCACCUUCUCAGUCCCAGUCGCAAACUCAUUCCCCUGAGAUCCUUCUCCAUGGUCGGCACCUCUGAAGCGGCCAGGUGCCACUUCUGGAUGGCACAGAGAGACUGCAUGCAAGACAUCCGUAGCUGACUCAAUGGACAGAAAUGGAGGAAAGAACUUCAUCUAGUUCCUCCCUUUAAUACAAGGAAAAUGGGUUUCCACUGACCACUCUCCCAUGAGCAGGUCACAGCAUUGUGGUGUGUUUUGGCCAGGACUAAGGACAGAGGAAAAACUGCUGUAUGGGGCAGUUCAUCAGCUCACAAGUCCAUGCAGACUUAGAGCUCUGGUCCAUCUGGUCUGGGAUCCCGCGUUCUGCCACUAGCAGAUCAGACCAAUGGUCCAUCCCACCCUUUUUCCGACUUCUGCCUGUGUGAGGGAGGGAAAUGGAAGAGCACAACUGCAGGGAAGGAAAUAUGGUGUCAUCUCCCUCUCAGGCACCAGUUCCAGUGUGACCCAAGCCACCAGGACUGGCUGGCUCAUGGGAGCUGAGGAAUAGUCUAGAGGUCCCAUCCUCUCUACAAGGCAGGGUCUGAUCUUCAGACUGGGUGGAUAGGCUGGCUCAGAGGGGUAGAAAAAUGGGAUAUGGGGUCUUUCCCCUUCUUUCUCUGUAAAAUUUCCUUUGUGAUAGUAACUCAAUAAGGUAUUUCCCUUUUUAUUGUUUAAUCUGAUGUGCAGCACUUCUUUACAGUUAUAAAACAGCUACCACAAGCCACCCCAAAUAGAAAAGAAAUAGUUAGCUGUGUUAGUCUGAAGUCAGGUAGAAGACAGGGCAGAGUUGGACCUUAUAGAUUAACUCGGAAUUAGUUAGUCCGUAGGCUGCAAUUAUGCCUUGCCUUCCGCCCCAGAGAGAGCCGUGUUUCUGAGCAAGCUUCAUGCUGCGUUGCUGUGCAAUUGAAACCCAGCCAUCCUCCCCCAGAAGUAGCUGCACUUCAACAUUGGCUGAGCAAUCCCUAUCCUGUUUUGUCAUGCUAUUCUUACCCCAGAUGUAGCUGCAUUUCAGCACUGGUUGCCCAAGGUCUAUGCAGCAUUGCUCCAUGGUGGUAACCCAGCUGCCUUGCCUGCCCCACCAUAACUAAGUGCAUUCAGUUGCUGACUGAGCAAUCCCAGUGCUAUAUGGUUGUUUCCUGGCCAGCCCACCUCAGAGCCAGCCAUCAGUGUUCAUGCCAGCUCUGGGCAGCCAUGGGCAGCGUGGCUGUUAUCUACCUGCCUCAUCCCCAAGCUGGCUGCGUUUCCACAGCAGGAAGACUGCUUGCUUCAGACUGGUUUGUCAGCCAAAUACCUUAUGACCUUUUGGAUCUCUUUGUAAAUAAUUAAUCUGAUUAAUA